AUGGAUCGAGAAUCCUCCCAUCCAGUUAUCGUAAUCGGUCGUAUGACCCGAAGCGGUGGAAACCCAGUGGUGAAUGGGUGGCGGGCGAUGCGGAGAGUUGCAGCGCAAUGGCCUGACCAGCCACAAUGCAGAGCGAGAGAGAGGCACAGAGAGGGAGAGAGUGUGUAUGGAAGAGAAGGAAAUACGGAACCAACCAGCGGGGGAAGAAGAGGAGAGGAUAUGACGAUGACGGCGCACCGACGUGAGGGGAUUAGCCCAAGGUUGACUGGAGGUCUUGUCCAGACCGUUCUUUUGCGAGUUGGAGAGUUAGAGAGGGAGAGAUGGCGAGUUGGGGGGAAGUUGCAAAGGCGGCUUUCUCUUCCGGCUUCACUGUAUCGGAUGUCACAGUUCAAGUCUCUCUCCACUGGCAAAGAUUGA